GGGUCAUGAAGACUAUCAAAGUCAGGGUCAAUGUCAAUCCUGGAAAUACUUGUGAUGGUUAUUGGUUGAACAUUCUCACUAACAUUCCACAAUCCACAUAACUAGUGAUUAGCAUCAGAAAAAUCCUUUGUGCAGAAAACGCGUCUUGUUGACCAAAGUUAAAAAGUUCUCUCAACGUUUGCGUUCUAUAAACUUCAAGAGACCCGAAAACUUCAGCAAUCUGCCUACUGGCCCAUCAAUCGUUGUCCGCUAGGAGAUUUCAGAAGCAGAAUGAAAAAUUUUUCAGCUCUGUUUUCUUUGCUGAUCUUUCUAUUCAUUAACGCAACUGAAGCAAGAAAAAACCCACAACUAUGUUCAUCUUCAUGCGGAGAUAUCCAUGACAUCAGCUACCCUUUCCGCCUGAAGGAAGAUCCAGAUGGCUGUGGUGAUCCUGAUUUCCAACUAUCUUGCAAGAACAAUAAGACUAUCUUGAAUUUCCAUGGAGGGUUUUACUACGUGAAGAGAAUUUCCUAUGACGAACGCACAAUUCGUGUUGCUGAUGUUAACUUAGCCAAUGGAAGCUGCGGUCUUCCUAACAGAUCAUUAUCAAUCCAGGAAGUGCAGAUGGAUGCCCGGUAUCCAGGACUGGUUAAUUACAAUUACUCGUAUGCUUUGAAUUUUGUUCGGUGUUCCAACAAUAUCAGCGAUCUGGCUAAUAGCAGAGUCCCCUGUUUAAGUGGAAAUACAUCACUUGUUUAUGUCAAUAUAACUGGGUACCCUUUAUUCUCGAAUGAUGUUCCAAAGUCCUGCGAGGUUAUUUCAACUGUCCCUGCAUUCUAUGAAAUUACGGUGAAGAACCUUUCUUAUGAAACAGCCUUGAAGAUGCAAGAAUCAGGGUUUGAUAUGAGAUGGUCGGUUGAGUGUAGAGAUUGCAGGGCAAAGGGCCGUGGCUGCGUCUAUGAAACUAGAGAUACAACUUAUCUCUUUAAAUGUGAAAAGGAAUAUGAUUACGAAGCUGAACUUCGAUUGAUAUACACUUAUUUUGUUGCAAUGUUUCUGUUUGCAAUAAUUGGUACUGUCAGAUUUAUCCUCCUUCCAGUGGUCAUACUUGCUUUCAUUCUCCACAAAUACUUCACUAUGAGAAAGAAGAUUGAUGUCAGAGAAAAUUCUUCACAGGAUCCGCACCCCUCAACUCCAGAAAGGUAUACUUAUCCUGAUAUACUUGCCAUGUCAAACAACUUCAAAGAUAAAAUAGGGCAAGGUUGCUUUGGUUCUGUUUAUAAAGGGCAGCUUCCUGGCGGUUGCUCAAUUGCUGUUAAAAUAUUUGGGAGCUCUAAACUUGGCGAAGAAAAUUUUAUAAAUGAAGUUUCUACAAUUAGUAAGAUUCAGCAUCCGAAUGUGGUACCAUUUCUAGGAUUCUGUUCUGAGGGAUCUAAAUAUGCUCUUGUCACCCAAUACAUGCCUAAUGGAUCUCUUGACAAGUACAUUUUCUCAAACUCUCAUUCGUUUAGUUGGGAGAAACUUCAUGAAAUUGCUUUAGGAACAGCACAAGGUAUUGAGUUCCUACAUGGAAGAUCUGGUGCUUGCAUUGUUCAUUUCGACAUUAAACCUCAAAAUAUUUUGUUAGAUCAGAACUUCAUCCCCAAAAUAGCAGACUUCUGCCUCGCAAAAUUGUACCCCAAGAAGCAUGAUUUCAUGUCCAUGUGUGCCACAAGUGAAACAAUUGGAUACAUGGCACCUGAAUUGAUUUCAAGGGGUCUUGGAGCUGUUUCUUGCAAAUCGGAUGUUUAUAGUUUUGGGAUGCUAUUGCUAGAAUUGGCAAGUAAAAGAAGGAAAGUCGAUGUAGAUGCAAUCAAUUCAAGCAAAGUUCAUUUCCCUUCUUGGGUCUAUGAACUGAAUGAGAGAGGAGAUUUAGAGCUUGAGAAUGCGACUAAAAGCGAUGCCACUAUAGCUAGAAAGUUGUUGAUAAUUGGGUUAUGGUGCACUCAAACCAAGGCAUCGCAACGCCCCUCGAUGACCAGAGUCGUGGAAAUGUUACGAGGUAAGAUUGAUGAUCUGGAAAUGCCUCCCAAGCCUGUCUUCUUUUCUGCUCAAGAUAAGUGUAUGAUAGAGGCACAGUCAGAUUCUCCUAAAGAGAUGCUACUACCAGAGUCAAUGGAGAGGAGCUCAUAGUAAUAUCAAGCAUUUUUCUAGUACUAUUCUUUCAACUUGCAAAUGUAAUUGACCAUCAACAGCUGUUUGCACAUUCCUUUUUCAUGUUCUGCCUUGCAAAUGAAAAAUUUACCUGCCUGAGUUAGUUAUCUAGUUGAAAGCUAAGCUUGCAUCUUCACACUUUAUGUAUAUGUUCUCUGCAACUCUGCACAAUGAAAUUCACUACCAGCAAGAGACUGUCAGUGAAAACAUAUCUAUAUUUGCAGUCAUCGAGUAUAUAUCUUUAGUUAGACAUAAAAUUAAUUGAAACUCAUCAGCUAUGUAUAUCUCAUAUAUUGUUUACGAGUAAUACUAUUUGGCCUUACACUUUUGUCUUCA